AUGCGAGUAUCGACAUUCAUGAGGGAUGGGGAGCUGGCCUUGACUCAUCUAUUCUCGCCUUUCAGGUCAAGACCCAGAACAUCCCACCUUCACACUUUCCCGAACCCAACCAUCUUUCGCACAAAAACUACUCUUGCGCAUUCCAGGAUGAUUACAGACACCAAUGGUCCAGAAUGGACGGCUAAACAUGUGCGAGAAACUUUUCUCGAUUAUUUCAAGAAAAAUGGUCAUACAUUCGUUCCUUCAUCACCCGUGGUUCCUCACUCGGAUCCCACAUUGCUUUUUGCAAAUGCAGGAAUGAAUCAGUUCAAGUCGAUUUUCCUAGGCACCGUGGAUCCGCAGUCCGAUUUUGCAAACCUGAAAAGUGCAGUCAAUUCUCAAAAGUGUAUACGUGCUGGUGGGAAACAUAAUGAUUUGGAUGAUGUAGGAAAGGACAGCUAUCAUCAUACCUUUUUCGAAAUGCUUGGCAACUGGAGUUUCGGUGAUUACUUCAAAGAAGAAGCCAUCCGUUACUCAUGGGAGCUAUUGACUAAAGUAUAUGGGUUGGAUCCUGAGCGUCUAUAUGUCACCUUUUUUGAAGGUAAUGAAGCUGGGAAUCUUGAACCUGAUCUGGAAGCAAAGGAAUUGUGGAGAUCUGUCGGUGUCCCAGAGGACCAUAUCCUUCCUGGAAACAUGAAGGACAACUUUUGGGAGAUGGGCGAUCAAGGUCCCUGCGGGCCUUGCAGUGAAAUCCACUAUGACCGGAUUGGUGGACGUAAUGCUGCCAAUCUCGUUAAUCAAGACGACCCCAACGUACUCGAAAUUUGGAACAAUGUCUUCAUUCAGUAUAACCGUGAAUCAGACCGUUCUCUGAGACCCCUGCCAAACAAGCAUGUGGAUACUGGAAUGGGAUUUGAAAGACUGGUUUCAGUGCUCCAGAACAAAUCAUCAAAUUAUGAUACCGACGUGUUUUCGCCAUUAUUCCAGACUAUCAAGGAUGUCACCGGCGCCCGGGAAUAUCGCGGACAGUUUGGUGCUGAUGACCCAGAUGGAAUUGAUACGGCUUACCGAGUUGUUGCAGACCAUGUCCGAACCUUGAUGUUUGCUAUCUCUGAUGGCGCAACUCCGAAUAACGAAGGCCGCGGCUACGUUGUUCGUCGAGUCCUGCGCAGGGGCGCCCGCUAUGCUAGAAAAUACUUCAGGGUUGAAAUUGGUGAUUUCUUUUCCAAGAUUGUGCCAACUGUUGUCGAUCAGCUUGGCGAUAUGUUCCCCGAGUUGAAAAGGAAGCAGCAGGAUGUCAGAGAAAUACUGGAUGAGGAGGAGAUCUCCUUUGCCAAAACUUUGGACCGCGGUGAGCGGCAGUUUGAGAACUACGCACAACAGGCGAAGAUAAAGGGAGCAGAUAAACUCCACGGAGCUGAUGUCUGGAGGUUAUACGAUACGUUUGGUUUUCCUGUCGACCUGACUCGCAUUAUGGCUGAGGAACGAGGGCUAAGAAUUGAUGACCACGAGUUUGAAGAAGCACGUUUAAGGGCCAAGGAGGCAAGCAAAGGACAGAAGAAAUCUGCCGCAGAUCUCGUCAAACUUGAUGUCCAUGAUUUAGGAAAACUCGAGAAGAUGAGUGAUGUCCACAAGACUGAUGACACUGCCAAAUAUGAGAAGGGAAAUAUCACGAGUCAAGUUAAAGCGAUUUAUCAUGGCAAUAUGUUCCACUCAUCUACUGAGAGAAUACCUUCUGGUGAACAGCUGGGAAUCAUCCUUGACCGCACUAACUUUUACGCUGAACAGGGCGGACAAGAAAAUGAUACUGGUAGAAUUGUCAUUGAUGGUCAAGCUGAGCUUGAGGUUGGUGAUGUUCAGCUAUAUGCUGGAUAUGUUCUUCAUACAGGAUUCAUUAAGUAUGGCUCUUUCUCUGUCGGCGAUACCGUGAUAUCUGAAUAUGAUGAAAUUCGCCGAUGGCCAAUAAGAAACAACCAUACCGGAACUCACAUUCUCAAUUUUGCUUUGAGAGAAGUUCUUGGUGAUGGAAUAGAGCAAAGAGGUUCUCUCGUUGCGGCCGAAAAACUCAGGUUUGACUUUUCCCACAAAUCCGCUAUAUCGGACCACGACCUGGAAAAGAUUGAAGAGAAAUCAACCAACUAUAUUCGACAAAACUGUGCUGUCUAUGCAAAAGAGAUACCACUUGCAACCGCUCGGGAAAUUUCAGGGGUUCGCGCCGUCUUUGGUGAGACAUACCCUGAUCCCGUUCGUGUGGUUUCAGUCGGCGUGGAAUUGGAGGAGAUAAUAGAAAAUAUUAAAGACCCGCGCUGGAACGAGGUGAGCAUCGAGUUUUGCGGUGGAACCCAUGUUCAAAAAACCGGUGAUAUCAAAGACCUUAUCAUCCUUGAGGAGGGCGGCAUUGCCAAGGGAAUCCGCCGGAUCAUCGCUGUUACGGGUGAACAUGCCCAUGAGGUACAGAGAAUGGCAGCGGAGUUCGAAAAACGCUUGGACAAUCUGGACGCGAUGACUUUGGGACCCAAGAAAGAACAAGAGGCCAAGCAGAUACAAGUUGAGCUCAACCAACUGUCAAUAUCUGCUGUUCAAAAGGCGAAGUUCCGAGGGCGUUUUGCGACUAUCAAUAAGCAAGUCACCGACGGACAAAAGGCACAGCAGAAGCUUGAGUCUAAGAAGGCUCUUGACACUAUAACAUCUUUCUUUCAAGCCCCUGAAAACAAGGAUAAGAAAAGCCUUGUUGUUAAGCUUCCGAUCUCUGCAAAUGCAAAAGCCAUCAGCGAAUCAUUGAAUCAUGUCAAAUCCAAGUUGCAGGAUAAGACAGUCUAUCUGCUGGCUGCGGAUUCUGAACAAGGCCGAGUUGCUCAUGGAUGCUAUGUCUCAAAGGAUAUGAGUGACAGAGGUGCCUUGGCGAGCGACUGGGCAGCUAUCGUCUCCAGUGCAGUGGGUGGAAAGGCCGGAGGGAAAGGGCCCACCUCUAUUGGCAAUGGAGUCAACCCUGAUAAAACGGAUGAAGCUAUCGAACUGGCUUCGGGAUACCUUAGCAGAUUCCAGCUAUAG